UUAGUUUUUCGCAGGACCGCUCUCAGUGAGCAAACAACAUUAGAUGUUAAAUUAAACUUUCGUGGAUAUGACAUUUCGAUUUUAACAAAAACAUUGACACAUAUUUUACUAAGCUGCAUUUUAUCACAUCUCAGUAAAAAAUGACUUUUAAUAAUAUUUCCAUUUUGCUCGGGAUAUUAGUAUGUGUGCACGGGCAAGGCACGGGUGUUAACGAACGAGUGACGGUUCAAAACCUGGAUCCCCGGGGGCAUGGCGCGGCCGUUCCAGGAAUCAAUGAGGUGUUAGACACCAUGAUGUCUGCGGGAACUGGAAGUGCAUCUCAAGGUCAAGCUACUGGAGGUUUCGUAACAGAUGGAAUUUCAACAGCAGGAGGCGGUUUCGUUACUGAUAUGGAUAUCGGUAGAGUCGUUGAAACACCAUACCCACCCGUCGGAAGUGAAGGACUAGCUGUAGGCGGUAUCUCAAUGGAAGGGGGAGCUUCCAGUUCAACAGGAGGCUCAGGCGCCAGCCGUAGUAGAGACCGAACGGGAAGUAUCAGCACAGAAACGAGAUUCGAACCUGUGAGUGGAACAAGUGGGCAACUUCCAAGAGAAACACGCAGAGAUCCAGCUCGGGGAUCAACAAGCGAUCCGACGCGAGGAGGUUUUGGUAGUUCUGUGCGCGAUUCUACUCGUGGUUCCAUGAAUGAGCCCAAGCGUGAUCCAAUUAGAGGAUCAUUUGGUGAUCCCAUGCGCGAUCAUAGUAGGGGAUCCUUUGGUGAUCCUAUGCGCGAUCCGUUUAGGGGUUCUAUGGGUGAUCCUAUGCGCGAUCCUUUGAGGGGAUCUAUGGGUGAUCCGAUGCGCGAUUCAAUGCGAGGACCAUUUGGCGUAUCAAGCCGGGAGCCAAUUAGGGAUCCAAUGCUGGAUGGAAUGCGAGGACCACCGUUCGAUCAAGUCGACAGGAGAGUCGAGCCGCGCGACCGAAUAUUCAGCGAUCCCCGCGAUGUGCGAGGUGGGGCCGGUAUGUUGGAUGAUCCCUUUGUCGGACAGAGGGAUCCCGUAUUUGAUCCUCGCCUUGAUUCCAGAGAUACGCGUCCUGCUUCCAGAGAUGCUCUUCUUGAUUCCAGAGACCCGCGCCUUGAUUCCAGGGACCUGCGCCUAGAUUCCAGGGACCCGCGCAUUGAUCCCAGAAAUACGCGCCUCGAUUCUAGAGAUGCUCGUGUUGAUCCAAGGGACCCGCGAUCAAUGGAUCCUCGUGGUCCGACCGGUAUGUUCGAUCCAAGGGGUGGUUCGACCGGUAUAUUCGAUCCAAGGGGUGGUUCGACCGGUAUGUUUGAUCCAAGGGGUGGUUCGACCGGUAUGUUCGAUCCAAGAGGCUUCUCUGGAGAUGUAAGAGGCGACAUGCUGCGGGCACCUGCAUUUGGCGGCUCGAGGCCGAUCAUAUUUGACGAGUUUGGAAGACCGAUCUACUCGGAUCCUAUGGGAAGCGAUCCGUUCCGUUUCCGAGGAAACAUGAGUUCCGGUUUCGAUCCGCGUUUCACACCAUCAGGAUUCCCAAUGACCGAGGGUGGCCCUGGCCCGUUCGGCAUGUUCGAACCCAGAAUUCCCUUUGGGCGAAGACCAUUCCCAUAUCCGCCUUACCCGGGCGGCUUUGGUAGCCCCGGGUUCUUUGGCGCACCAGGCGGCUUCUUCCCGUACCCGACCGGACCGUUUGGGGGCAUGGGACCGGGUUUCUUACCCAGCGGUGGAGGUAUGGGACCCUCGUCGCUAGGUGGUGAUGGCCUCCGGUUCAGAGGCGAUUCGUUUGGCGGAUUUUCUUCCGGCGUAGGUUUACCACCUCGAGGUUUUCCACCCAUUUCUGGCGGAAGUUUCCCACCUAUUUCCGGCGGAUUUCCCGAUCCCUCUGGAUCCCCCGGCGGAUUUAUGGAUCUGAGCGGAAGUUCCGGUGGACGCAUAAUGGAUUCAGGAAGCAUGGGCGGAAGUUCUGGUGGCCGCUUUAUGGAUUCAGGAAGCCUUGGAGGAAGUUCCAGUGGACGCUUUAUGGAUUCAGGAAGCCUGGGCGGAAGUUCCGGUGGACGUUUUAUAGACUCAGGAAGCAUCGGCGGAAGUUCCGGUGGAGGCUUUAUGGAUUCAGGAAGCGUUCCGUUACGUGGAGAUUUCGGCGGUGCCACUCCCUUGGGAACGGAUUCCGGAUUCUCCAGCUCCGGUUCCAGCUUUAGCAGAAUGGACCCCGGCCCGAGAGGCGUUUUCUAAGUUGUAGAAGGGUCCUACGAGGGGGCGUAGCGACGCCAAACUCGAGCUCUGAACAAAUCCAUGUAUUUUUAUUUAAAUACCCUAGUAUUUUUAUUUUCCUGUUUGUCGUGUUUUAAAAAUUAUGCGAUUCUGUACGGUUAUCUUUCACAUAAAAUAUUUUGGUCCUCUACUUACUGGUAUAAUUUUUUCCAUAAUUUAGAAUAAAAAAAAAUAACGAGGAUAAAAUACGUGAAAUUUUUCGCGGUAAAAAAUAUAUUAAAUAUGGCAAACUAUGCGUUUAAGUGUACGCGUGAUUUUCAACCGUUGUUUAUAAAAAAGAUGUUUAAAUGUUUUUGUCUAGUUUUUAUGUCCCUGCUUUGUAACUAGCAAGUGCUUUUUGUUAAUCGUCUGUAAUGUAUUAUUUCUAUGUUUCACUUUGACGUAAAAAAGUAAUUUUAAUUGCAGCCAGACACAAAUCGUUUUUAAUCGAUCACGUCAUGUACAAUAAAUCGAGCACAAACUGUAUACUAUUGAAUUGAUAUAAAUGUAGCCUCCGCGCAGAGAUUUGACUGGAACCAGCAUUGCUGGAUCAAAUCCCUGCCUUCAUAACCAACCACGUGAGGAUAGGCGAGACAGGUGGUACACAAAUGUUGCCGUUGUAAUUUUUACUUUUUUUAAGGUAUUUUUUAUUAUGAGCCUAAACUUAUACACUAUUUCAAAAUAUAAAAGAAAAUUA